CUGAGCGUUUCGCGCUCGCGCAUCACACCAAAGAUGCGGCCCACACAGCCCACAGGCCGUUGAAAUUCAUCUCGGGCCAGCCUCGUGAAAGGCCUUCCGGGAAAUGAUUGGGCCUGCUUAGAAGGCUUUGGAAUUCUUGGUGCCUGACUUCUGCACCAACAUGGAGUGUUUUCUCGAUUCGGGGUGUGACGCGAUUCGUCAACCUCUGGCCUGUCCGUUCAAAUCUGGAGUGUUUUGCGACAUCAUGGAAGGCUGAGCCCAUCUGGUUGAUCCUUGCGAUCCAGUUUGACUGCCCCAGACCUGAUAUGCUCUUUUCAUAGCAACGGAGGGAUGGAGCUCCAUCGACUAUUAAUGACGGCUAGACUCCUUCAUCUUUGCCCAGACUGAUAUCUUUGUUCUCUCACUUUCCGACACAACAGAGUCAUCCAAUUUGGUCAUUUGGUAUCAUUGUUUUCGCCUUUUGCUGUUCUAUUGUGUUCCCUUGUACAACCUUGAGCCGUUCUUCCCAACACCCCAGACAAUUAUACGCCCAGCGCACCACUCCAUUCUAUCAACAUGUCUCAAGCAAAUUGCACCGAGCUCACCGACGUGUGUACUUUCGAAGUUUCCGUGUACGGCUACCAACCAAGUCUCCCAGCCAAUGCGGCUCUUCUUGCAAUAUUUGCACUGUUCGCGAUCGCCAAUGUUGUACUGGGGAUUCGAUACAAGACAUGGACGUAUAUGAUUGCGGUCAGCCUGGGGUGUCUGGCGGAAGCCAUCGGAUACGUUGGCCGGCUGAUCAUGCGAGACAACCCAUUUGCCGAUGGCGGCUUCAUCACCCAGAUCUGUUGCUUGAUCAUCGCCCCCGCCUUUAACUCGGCCGCCAUAUAUUUGGUCUUGAAGCACGUGGUCUUGUGCUUUGGCGAGUCUGCAUCAUACAUCAGGGCUCGAUUUUACACAUACAUCUUCAUCGCCUUUGACAUCCUUUCCCUCGUCCUACAGGGUGCUGGAGGUGGCAUCGCAUCGACGGCAGACGACGAGGCAUUUCGAGAUAUUGGAGAUGGACUUAUCAUGGCUGGCAUUGCUUGGCAGGUGGCUGCGCUGUCCAUGUUCGCCAUUGCAGCAGGAGUGUACGUCUUGCGUCGAAAGAGGGCCAUCCCUAGAGAGCCCCUUAGCGAAGAGGCCGUGGCCACUCUGAACGAUACCAAGUUCCGACUUUUCAUUGCAGGCGUUUUCACGGCUUGGUUCACCAUCUAUAUCAGAUGCGUCUACCGAAUCGUCGAGAUGGCAGGAGGGUGGGGAAAUUCCGUUAUGCGACACGAGAGUUCAUUUAUCGUUCUCGAAGGAGUGAUGAUUGUCAUUGCGGCAGGUUGUCAAACGAUCCUCCACCCCGGCUGGGGAUUCCCUCGUCUUUCUGGAUGGGGUGACAAUCGCGCCACCACCUAUAUCAAAUCAAGCGAGGAAACAUCUAUGGAAGAGCUGAGGGCCAGAUAGAGGAUGACCGUUUGAAUAAGCCAUACUGUCGACAGGUCACCAAAAGAUGAUGGGAAUUUAUAGGUCACAAUGUGGGUGUCUCAUCAUAGCUCAGAAUAUAGAAAUGGAGGACGGAGUCGUGACGAAUUUGCUUGUGAGGACAUGUACAUGGGUGGGAAGGGCUUCUGGCUCAGUGGUGUAUAGCGAUGGUAGGCGCCUGGGCGUCCUAAAAGAAAGUAGGGCUGGAUAUUUAAUUGC